AUGACAGGAAAAUCAAAUUUUAUAGCUAAUGUUGUGGGUUUGGUUAAUUCUCGAAAUCAAAAUAUGAAUAUUUAUAUUCAUAUUGUAGCUUUCUAUCCAAAAGACUUAGUAAAAGAUAAAGUCAACGAAAGUAAAGUUAAACUUAUUAAGGUUGUAGCAUCCGAUAUAUGCAUACUUAACCUUGAUGAAGAAGAUCUUCCAAGAUCUUCCUUAUCUGUUAUAUUGAUAGAUACUGCGUCUGGUAAUCCUGAAAUUGGAAUCGAUAAAGUUACUCUAGAUUUGAAUGCAAGAGAAUAUAUUGAUAAUCAAAAUAAUAGUUCUCUUUUGUUUAACUUAUAUCAUUUUCCCGAAGAUAGCCAUUUGUUAUCAAUUACAACAAAAAUUUCACGUAGUACACUUUUAUACGUUAGUGAUUAUUUAUCAAUCAUUGAAGACCUUUUCCUUAUUAGAAUGAUACAAAUCAAUUUUAUUGAAUCACUUUAUUCAACAACUCAUAAAUCUUCAAAUUAUGCUUGGGAGAAAAGAUAA